AUGUUUUUGACUGUGCUACUUUUAGUCACCGUGUUGGCUUACUUAUACAUUCGCCACCGAUACAGCUACUGGUCUAAGCGAGAAAUCAGUGGUCCAAAACCAAGUGUGUUUACGCUGGGAAACGCCGGCCAAAUUGCCCGUGAAUCUCCGCUAGAAAUUGAACGCCGUUUAGCCGCCCAAUUUGGCCCCGUCUAUGGCAACUUCAACUUUCUGGAACCAGUGUUGACAGUUGCCGAUGCCCGCCUGCUGCGCCUCAUUCUCAUUAAAGACUUUAACCACUUUAUCAACAGGCGAGCAGUCACUAGCUACCACAUUGCCAUCAACAAUGGCCUGCUUUUUGCAGAGGGCACAACGUGGAAGCGGUUGCGGGCGGCCGCCAGCCCUAACUUUACCAGCGGACGGCUAAGGAGGGCCGUUCCCGUUAUCAAUAACCUUCUUGAUAAACUGGAUGAGUACUUUGAGCAGGCGGUGAAGGAGAAGGGCGGGCUCAUUGCCGACUCUCGGGACCCGUUUAUCGGCUUUGCCAUUGAGACGAUAGCGAACACCUCCUUUGCCACUGAGACGGGCGAUUCCAGCGGCCUUGGUGGCGCCCGAAGCGUCAACCCUUUUGUCACCUAUGGAUUGCAGCUGCCGGAAGUGAGCCCUCUGCGGGCGGUGGCCUAUUUCACCCUUCCGGCCUGGGUGAACGCCCUGAUCGCCGUUGAUCACCCCUUCAACGCCGUGGCCACUGACUGGUACAUGAAGGCCAUUUUAGAAAUAAUUCGACGCACUAAGGAGGAAAGAAAUGCAGAGGGUAACAAAAGUUCUGCUGCCCACAACAAAAAUCUUGUUCAGCUGCUGGUUGAGGCGAGUGUCGCUGAGUCAAAGGCAACAGACGAGAGUAAAAGCUCAGCCACUGAACUUGAACAGUUGACGGCGUCAAUGGAAAGAGAGUUUGAUGACGAAAACAACAACAGCGGUAAAACUUCUACAAAAUUUGCCACCAAAACCUCAAAGCUCACUGAUGAAGAAGUUGUUGGCGUUGCUAUGAACAUUUUUGCGGCAGGUUUUCACACCAUCGCAGUAGCCCUCACCGGCGUGGUCUUUGAACUGGCAUGGGCACCGCCGAUCCAGGAACGACUGGUUGAGGAGUUAAAGGAAAAGCUGGAAUCGCUGGAUCCGCACUCUGACGAGUACUAUCAGGUGUUGAUGGCCACCGAAAACGGCUGUCCACUGUUAGACGCCGUCAUCAAGGAGACGAACCGAAAGUACCCGGCACUAGCUCGACUAGAACGUCGUCUCGUUUCUGACAGCUACACACUGCCGCUGGAAAAUGGAAAGCGGCUUGAACUGAAGAAAGGACAACUGAUUGAGAUUCCCACAGUGGCAGUGCACUACAACUCGGGUAAAAUAGUUUAA